AUUAUACCAGGGUAAUUUGGACUGUUCGUCUUUGGAGUAGGCUACCCCGUCAACCGCAGGACGCUCCAAACCCUAACUUUCCAAAUCCCAAACCCCCCUGCUGAUUCGAAUUCAUCAAAUUUCCCCCUCUCUCUCUCUCUCUCUCUCUCUCCCCAUCUCCAGCUGCCCCCCCUCCCAAAAAAAAAAGACAGAAGAUCUUAGAAGAUCCAAGAUCCUCCACCGACCACCAAGAUGGCUAAUAAAAAACAGAUGACUGAGGACGAGAAGUUCCUCUUCCUGGACAAGGACUUCAUCAACAGUCCCAUGGCCCAGGCCGACUGGUCAGCGAAGAAGCUGGUGUGGAUCCCCUCUGAGAAGAAUGGCUUCGAGGCGGCGAGCGUCAAGGAGGAGCACGGGGACGAGUGCCUGGUAGAGCUGGCCGACAACGGGAAGAAAGUGACAGUGAAUAAGGAUGAUAUCCAGAAGAUGAACCCUCCCAAGUUCAGUAAGGUGGAGGAUAUGGCCGAGCUCACCUGCCUGAACGAGGCGUCGGUGCUGCACAACAUCCGGGAGAGGUACUUCUCCGGGCUCAUCUACACAUACUCUGGCCUGUUCUGUGUAGUGGUGAACCCAUACAAGAUGCUGCCCAUCUACUCUGAGAAAAUCAUUGAGAUGUACAAAGGCAAGAAACGCCACGAAGUUCCCCCUCACAUCUACUCCAUCACUGACAACGCCUACAGAAACAUGAUGCAAGAUCGUGAGGACCAGUCCAUUCUUUGCACUGGGGAGUCUGGUGCGGGGAAGACAGAGAACACCAAGAAGGUCAUCCAGUACCUUGCUCUAGUGGCCUCCUCCCACAAAGGCAAGAAGGACACCAGUGCUACACAACCAGGAGCAUUUGUCCACGGGGAGCUGGAAAAGCAGCUUCUGCAGGCUAACCCCAUCCUGGAGGCCUUCGGAAACGCCAAGACCAUCAAAAAUGACAACUCUUCACGAUUUGGUAAAUUCAUCCGCAUCAACUUUGACGUGACUGGCUACAUCGUUGGAGCCAACAUUGAAACCUACCUGCUGGAGAAGUCUCGUUGUAUCAGACAGGCCAAGACAGAGAGAGCCUUCCACAUCUUCUACUACAUGGUGGCUGGGGUCAAGGACAAGCUACGCGAGGAGCUUCUGCUGGAGAACUUCAGCGCCUACCGUUUCCUGAUUGCGGGCCACGUCUCGAUCUCGGGCCAGCAGGACGACGAGAUGUACGAGGAGACCAUGGAGGCCAUGAGCAUCAUGGGUAUCACUGAGGAAGAGAGGACAGGCAUCCUGAAGGUGUGCUCCACAGUGCUGCAGUUGGGAAACAUAGAGUUCAAGAAGGAGAGGAACCAGGAGCAGGCCACCAUGCCCGACAACACAGCGGCUCAGAAGGUGUGCCACCUCCAGGGCAUCAACGUGGUAGACUUCACCAGAGCCAUCCUCACGCCUCGCAUCAAAGUGGGCAGAGAGGUGGUGCAGAAGGCCCAGACCAAAGAGCAGGCUGACUUUGCCAUCGAGGCCUUGGCCAAGGCUAUGUACGAGCGUCUUUUCCGCUGGCUGCUGGCUAGGGUCAACAAGGCUCUGGACAAGACCAAACGCCAGGGAGCAUCCUUCUUGGGCAUCCUCGACAUCGCUGGCUUUGAGAUCUUUGAGGAUAACUCCUUUGAGCAGCUGUGCAUCAACUAUACAAACGAGAAGCUGCAGCAGCUGUUCAACCACACCAUGUUCGUCCUGGAGCAGGAAGAGUACCAGAGGGAGGGCAUCGAGUGGAGCUUCAUAGACUUCGGCCUGGACCUGCAGCCUUGCAUUGAGCUCAUUGAGAGGCCGAACAAUCCUCCUGGUAUUCUGGCCCUGCUGGAUGAGGAGUGCUGGUUCCCCAAAGCCACAGACGUCUCCUUCGUGGAGAAACUCAUGAACACCCAGGCCAGCCACAUGAAGUUCAGCAAACCCAAACAGCUGAAGAGCAAGACUGAGUUCUCCGUGCACCACUAUGCUGGAAAGGUGGACUACAAUGCUGAUAAUUGGUUGACAAAGAACAUGGACCCUCUCAACGACAACGUCACAGCACUGCUUAACAGCUCCUCCAACACGUUUAUCCAGGAGCUCUGGAAAGAUGCGGACCGCGUGGUGGGCCUGGAGACCAUGGCCAAGAUGUCCGACAGCUCCAUGCCCAGCGGCUCCAAGACCAAGAAGGGAAUGUUCCGGACCGUGGGUCAGCUCUACAAGGAGUCCCUGGCCAAGCUCAUGACCACGCUGCACAACACCCAGCCCAACUUCGUCAGAUGUAUCAUCCCUAACCACGAGAAGAGGGCGGGGAAGCUGGACGCCCAUCUGGUCUUGGAGCAGCUGAAGUGCAAUGGUGUGUUGGAGGGCAUCCGUAUCUGCCGGCAGGGAUUCCCCAACCGAAUCCUCUUCCAGGAGUUCCGUCAGCGUUACGAGAUCCUGGCAGCUAGCGCUAUCCCCAAGGGAUUCAUGGAUGGCAAACAGGCGUGUGGUCUCAUGAUUAAGCACCUGGAUCUGGACCCCAACCUGUACCGGAUUGGUCAGAGUAAGGUCUUCUUCCGUACUGGCGUGUUGGCCCAGCUGGAGGAGGAGAGAGAUCUGAAGAUUACGGUGGUCAUUAUCGCCUUCCAGUCCCAGGCUAGAGGUUUCCUGGCCAGAAAGGCCUUCGCUAAGAGACAGCAGCAACUGAUGGCCAUGAAGGUGAUCCAGAGGAACUGUGCUGCCUACCUCAAACUCAGGAACUGGCAGUGGUGGAGACUCUUCACCAAGGUCAAGCCUCUGUUGCAAGUGACCCGCCAGGAGGAGGAGAUGGGCCUGAAGGACGAGGAGUUGCAGAGGGCCAAGGAGUCUGCAGUGAAGUACGAGUCAGAGCUGAAGGAGAUCACCCUGAAACACACAACGAUUGUGGAGGAGAGGAACGCGCUGCAGGAGCAGCUGCAGGCUGAGACCGAGCUGUUUGCAGAGGCGGAGGAGAUGAGGGUGCGUCUGGCCGCUAAGAAGCAGGAGCUGGAGGAGAUCCUCCAUGAGAUGGAGGCCAGGUUGGAAGAGGAGGAGGACCGCGCUCAGGCCCUGCAGGUGGACAAGAAGAAGAUGCAGCAACAGAUGCAGGACCUGGAGGAGCAUCUGGAGGAGGAGGAGGAUGCCCGUCAGAAGCUGCAGCUGGAGAAGGUAGCUUGUGAAGGCAAGAUCAAGAAGUUAGAGGACGAUGUCUUAGUGAUGGAGGACCACAACACCAAACUGUUAAAGGAGAGGAAAUUAAUGGAGGAGAGGCUAGCAGAUUUCAGCUCCAACCUGGCAGAGGAGGAAGAGAAGUCCAAAAACCUGACCAAGCUCAAGAACAAACACGAGUCGAUGAUCUCUGAACUUGAGGUCCGUCUGAAGAAGGAGGAGAAGGGUCGGCAGGAGCUGGACAAAGCAAAGCGUAAGCUGGAGGCGGAGUCUAGCGACCUCCAGGAGCAGAUAGCCGACCUGCUGGCUCAGAUCGCUGAGCUCAAAGCCCAGCUGGCCAAGAAGGAAGAGGAGCUACAGGCUGCUCUGGCCAGGCUAGAGGACGAGAUGGCCCAGAAGAACAAUGCCCUAAAGAAGAUCCGGGAGCUGGAGGGCCACAUCUCAGACCUUCAGGAGGACCUGGACUCAGAGCGCCAGGCCAGGAACAAGACUGAGAAAGCCAGGAGGGACCUGGGAGAGGAGCUGGAGGCCCUCAAGUCUGAGCUGGAGGAUACACUCGACAGCACCGCUACCCAGCAGGAGCUCCGGGCGAAGAGAGAACAGGAGGUGACCCUGUUAAAGAAGGCCAUGGAUGAGGAGGGUCGGACCCAUGAGGCCCAGGUGCAGGAGAUGAGACAGAAACACACCCAGGCUGUAGAGGAGCUCACAGAGCAGCUGGAGCAGUCCAAACGGGUGAAGUCAAACCUGGACAAGGCCAAGCAGGCCUUGGAGAAGGAGACGUCGGAGCUGACGGUGGAGGUGCGCUCCCUGACCACGGCCAAACAGGACGUGGAGAACAAGAAGAGGAAGGUCGAAGGUCAGCUGAACGACCUGCAGGCGCGCUUCACCGACAGCGAGAAGCAGAAGGGAGAGCUGGGAGAGCGCUGUUCCAAGAUCACUAUUGAACUAGAGAGUGCCACCAACCUCCUGAAUGAAGCCGAGGGGAAGAACAUCAAGCUGAGCAAAGAUGUCUCCACCCUCAGCGCCCAAGUCCAAGACACACAGGAGCUGCUGGCUGAGGAGACCCGUCAGAAGCUGCAAUUCUCCACGAAGCUGCGUCAGAUGGAGGACGACCGCAACAGUCUGCAGGAACAGCUGGAGGAGGAGGUGGAGGCCAAGAGGAACGUGGAGAGACACGUGUCCACCCUCAACAUACAGCUGUCAGACUCCAAGAAGAAGCUAGAAGAAAUGGCCGGCAACAAUGAGCUCCUGGAGGAGAGCAAGAAGCGUCUUCAGAGAGACCUGGAAGCGUCCAACACCCAGUUCGAGGAGAAGGCCUCGGCCUACGACAAGCUGGAGAAGACCAAGAACCGUCUGCAGCAGGAGCUGGAGGACAUCCUCAUGGACCUGGACAACCAGAGGACCAUCGUCUCCAACCUGGAGAAGAAGCAGAAGAAGUUCGACCAGAUGUUGGCCGAGGAGAAGACCAUCUCCAGUAAGUACGCUGACGAGAGGGACCGUGCUGAGGCAGAGGCCAGGGAGAAGGAGACCAAGGCCCUGUCUCUGGCCCGUGCUCUGGAGGAGGCCCAGGACAGCCGGGAGGAGCUUGAGAGAGCCAACAAGGCCCUGAGGACUGAGAUGGAAGACCUGGUCAGCUCUAAGGACGACGUGGGCAAGAGUGUCCAUGAGCUGGAGAAGGGGAAGCGUGGGCUGGAGGCCCAGGUGGAGGAGAUGAAGACCCAGCUGGAGGAGCUGGAGGACGAGCUGCAGGCUGCAGAGGAUGCCAAGCUGCGUCUGGAGGUCAACAUGCAGGCCCUGAAGGCCCAGUUCGACCGGGACCUGGUGGGACGUGACGAGAUGGGAGAGGAGAAGAAGAGACAGCUCAUAAAGCAGGUGCGUGAGUUGGAGACAGAGCUAGAGGACGAGAGGAAGCAGAGAGCCACGGCGGCAGGAGCCAAGAAGAAGCUGGAGGGAGACUUGAAGGACCUGGAGGGACAGAUCGAGAUGUCCAACAAGGGACGCGACGAAGCCAUCAAACAGCUGCGCAAGAUCCAGGCUCAGAUGAAGGACUUCCAGAGGGAGCUGGAAGAUGCCCAUGCAGCCAGAGAAGAGGUGCUGGGUACGGCCAAGGAGAGCGAGAGGAAGGCCAAGAGUCUGGAGGCUGAGCUCAUGCAGAUUCAGGAGGAGCUGGCAGCUGCUGAGAGGGCACGGAAACAAGCAGAGGCCGAGCGGGAUGAGCUCUCCGACGAACUGGCCAGCAACACCUCUGGAAAGUCAGCCCUGUCUGAUGAGAAGCGUCGUCUGGAGGCUAAGAUCUCCCAGCUGGAGGAGGAGCUGGAGGAAGAGAGCAGCAACAUGGAGAUCCUCAACGACAGACUGAGGAAGAGCACUCAACAGGUGGACCAGCUGAACAACGAGCUGCAGACGGAGCGCACCACCUCCCAGAAGAACGAGAGUGCCCGGCAGCAGAUGGAGAGGCAGAACAAGGACCUAAAGGCCAAGCUGCAGGAGAUGGAGAACCAGGUCAAGUCCAAGUUCAAGUCGUCCAUCACCGCCCUGGAGGCCAAGGUGGCUCAGCUGGAGGAGCAGGUGGAGCAGGAGAGCAGGGACAAGCAGGCCGUAGCCAAGGGCCUGCGCCAGAAGGAGAAGAAGCUGAAGGAUCUGAUGAUCCAGGUGGAGGACGAGAGGAAACAGGCCGAGCAGUACAAGGAACAGGCAGAAAAGGGCAACACGCGGAUGAAGCAGCUGAAGCGCCAGCUGGAGGAGUCGGAGGAGGAGUCUCAGCGCAUCACGGCUGCCCGCAGGAAACUGCAGAGGGAGCUGGACGAGGCCACCGAGGCUAAUGAUGCCAUGAGCCGCGAGGUCAACUCCCUCAAGAGCAAACUCAGGCGCGGGACCGAGCCCUCCUUCAGCAGCGCACCACGCCGUGUCGGAGGAAGCGCCCGGAGAGGGGUCAUCGAUGACGCGUCAGAAGAAGACGGGGACUCACAGGGGGACUACAACGGAACCAAGUCUGUUGAGUAGAAGAGGCCAAAACCAUCCAAUCAAAUUCAGUAUUACAAUCAUCCAACCAAUCAGACUCAGUAUUACUGUAUGCACCUGUGCCAAACAGACCCGCUUUACCAAAUAACACACAAGUAACUUCAACCUUACUCUUUCUUUCAUAUUACUUCCAAAUAUGAUUCUCUAUAUCAGUCACAUAUCGACUGCCUUCUCGUUCAGAGCACAUAAGGCUUUUCACAAUUCAAAACAGACAAAAUGGAGGCAUAAGAGACAAAGGCGUAAUAAUGAAUUUAGUUUCAUUUUAGUGCCUGGGAUGUUAGUGUGAUUUGUUGUUCUUUUGCUACACUGUUUUGUACUGCACUGAAUUACUUGUCCCUACGAUACUUCCUUUGCUUAAUGUUGUACCCCUCAAAGGUACGUAGGUUACAUGUUGUUCCUUAUACUCCUUUUGCCUGGAAGGAUAAAUCCAGGUGUUACUAUUCGUCACUUUAAAUUAUAAUUAAUUAUAGGCAUCACAUUGUAUUUCUAGAUUUAUACAUCGAGCGGUCAUGUAAAUCUAUAAUUCUAUUUCUAUGAGGACAUUAUGACAUGCCCCUUCUUCUACACUGCUGUUAACUUUUUAGAUUGUUAUAGAAGAAGGUCAUUGCAGGCAGAUUGUAUACUAUGGUAAAUGGUAUACCCACCCAGCUAAAAAAUAACUGAUGUAGUCCAAAUGUAUUUUGUUUGUAUUCAGAAUAGCUGCCCCAAUAUUGGCGCACGGUUGCAACCAUAGCAACUGUUCUGUUUGUGUCUGUGGUAAGGACAGUGAAUCGACCAUAUAUAUUUCAUACUUUGGAAUAUUUUUCUGACUGUCAAGUAUGGACAGCAGAACACCUUUCUACUUUUAUAAACAAAACCAAAGUCACCCCUUUUUCCUAUCAGACUUUUCUUGUUCCUAAAUUCUAAUAUAAAAUGAUAUAUAUUAGUAUCAACAAGACAGAUACAUUUUAGGUUGGUGUACCUCGCCAUUGACAUCUUGUUAGAAAGUAGAACAUCAUCAGCAGGAAUAGUGUCAUGCCAUCAAGGCCAUUUUGUGUAUGUCCAGAUGCAUAUUCAACAAAAAAAUUUUUUUGGUUUUACCCGCCACUGGUCACCUUUACAACAUUUUGUCUUGUUUUUACUCAAUUGACGUUUACAUGCCACUUCUUCAAUCUAUAAAUUGUGGAACCACCUGCACGAGAAAUAAAAGAGUGAAAAAGUAA